UCUUCCAAAUUAGCAAUGGCUACAAACUUAUCUGGGAAGAAACGAAGUAAGGAAAUCAAAGGGAUAGUUGGGCCAAGCCAGGAAGCUUCUUGGCUGAAAUCUACUUAUUCAGAGAAGAAACCUGUGUUAGAAAGGCCAGCAAACAUCCUUACCAGCUUUGAUCAAGAUGAUAAAAGGACUCUGGCGCCUGAGCUGCAAAUGAGUAUUAUCCCAAAAGACUUCUGUUUUCAUGAAUUGGAGAGUGUAGUUAAAAUCAAACAAGCAGAGGCUAAAAUGUUUCAGUCACGUGCUGAUGAUGCAAGAAGAGAAGCUGAAGGGUUGAAACGUAUUGCCCUUGCAAAGAGUGGGAAAAUUGAUGAAGAGUAUACUCAGCGAAUUGCGAAGCUGAGACUGGGUGAGACAGAGGAAAUGCAUAGGCAGAAACUCGAAGAAAUUCAAGCAUUAGAACGAGCACAUCUGGAGUAUUUCAACAUGAAAAGGAGAAUGGAGGCAGACAUUAAAGAUCUUUUAUCUAAUAUGGAAGCUACUAAAAGGAGUCUUGCCCUGUGAAGCUGACAACACUCUAGAAUAGUUCUUUCAGGUAAAUGUAAUCUUCCAUCUUAUAAUUUGUAGGUUUCAAUUCCAUCUUAAUGUUAUGAGUUACUGUAGUUUCUGAUCCAUAGAUUGAUGUAUCUAUCUGCUGUUGUAGUUUAUUUGGGAUUCAAGCUGCUAACCAAGAUCUUGUACAGAAAUUCCAACAGUUAAUUACUCUUAUUAAACAAUUGGAAUUACAAAA